AUGUCAGACGGUAUCCGCAAUCUAGCGGGCAUCAACCUCGGCGCCGUCACGUCUUCUUCCCAGAACGACGAGACUCCGGGUCCAGCCAAAGACACCACUGAGUCCCCGCAGUCGACCCAAUUCCCGCCUUUACCGGAAGCACCGCCCUCCAAGGUCUUUGGGUCUGGCUAUAACGAGUACCACCCGGUCCCCACUGUCCAGUCGUACAAGGCCGACCAAAAGGUCAAUGAGCAAGCGGCGGACGAGUAUGCGCGUAUCGUCGCUCAGCGUCAGCGGGAGCAGGAGGAGCGACUGGCGCGUCAUCAGCGUGAUGCGGAGGCGGUGAGCGCGAAGCAGGAGGGCAAGGCAGAGGAUGGGACGGUCAAGGAUCAAGGGAAUGAGGCCAAGAUCAGGCAGAACAACAAGCAGGACUCGAACGCCAAGAAGCCGGCGACGGAGAAGGAGCGGAUGAUGGAUCAGAUGAAUUCCAAUCAACAGAAACCUACGGACCGGUACAACAAGGCUGAGAAGGGGUCUAGGCGGGUCCGGGACCCGACGACCGGCGGAGAAAUCAUUGUCAAGGAUGCGGAUCCCAAGGAUUUCAACGCUUCCGAGCCUAGAGUGCACGGCUCCAAUAUCCUUUACCACCCCUUCCCCCCCGCUCGUCCUCCCUCGGUCGACGCCCUCCUCUCGAAGCUCCGCUUCCUCCAGCUCGGCGUCGCCGGUGGACUCUUUGUCGUCUGGCUCUCGGUCGCCUUCGGCUCGGGCAUCUACAAAUUUGUCUGGCGCAGUAUCAUCUGCUCGACGAUCGGCUUUGCGCUCAUGACCGGUAUUUCGCUCGUCGAGCGGGGGAUGGAGAAGGAGAUUGAGCGGAUCAGGCAGGACAUGGGCAGGCAGAGGGGAGAGUCAUUCUCGCCGCCUUUCCCUGAAUCCGUGGAAUGGUUGAAUGGUCUCGUCAAGCUCGUCUGGGGUCUCGUCGAUCCUGCCAUGUUCAUCCCCAUCGCCGAUAUGGUCGAGGACAUCCUCCAGCAAUCCCUACCUGGCUUCGUCGAUGCCGUACGAAUCACCGAUCUCGGACAAGGCACCAACCCUCUUCGUAUCACUUCUAUCCGUGCCCUCCCUGACCAACCUGGGGAUGAAGGCUAUCCCAAGACGAGCUGGAUCGACCAGGGCAACCAGGAUCUUUCGACGCAGAACGCGGCAAGCAAGGAGGAGAAGGCCGAAGACCAGGCGGGGGACUAUUACAACUUCGAAUGCGGGUUUGCAUAUGCUGCCCUUCCCGGCCAAGGUCAGAAGCUUCGUGAGAAGAACAUUCACCUAUUGCUGGAAUUUUUCUUGGGCGCGUUCGAUUGGUUCCACAUUCCCAUCCCUAUUUGGAUCCAGGUGGAGGAGAUCUACGGCCUUGUCCGGCUUCGCGUCCAGUUCAUUCCCGAAUACCCUUUCGUCCGGAAUCUCCAGUUCGCCCUCGCUGGCGUACCAUCGGUCGAAGUGUCCGCUAUCCCCAUGUCCCGCGCUCUUCCCAAUCUCCUCGACCUCCCCUUCGUCUCGGGCUUCGUCAAGAUGGGAAUUGCAGCGGGCACGGCGGAGCUUUGCGUACCAAAGUCGAUGACCAUCAAUUUGCAGGAAAUGCUUUCCGGAGCUACGGUCGGCGAUACCAGGGCGGUAGGAGUGUUCCUUAUCACCAUCCAUCACUGUGAGAACCUCUCGGCACAAGACAACAACGGCAAGUCGGACCCCUACAUCGUUCUCGCAUACGCCAAGUUCGGGAAGCCUUUGUACUCGACUCGCAUCAUCGCGUCAGAUUUGAAUCCGGUGUUCGAGGAGACGGCUUUCUUGAUGCUCACGAUGGAUGAGAUCAAAGCCAAGGAGGAUUUGAGCGCUAUGCUUUGGGAUAAUGAUCUGCAUUCAGCCGACGAUUUGAUCGGACGAGUUCAAAUCCCGGUCGCCGAAUUGAUGUCAAAGCCCAACCAGAUGAUCCGGCGGACCGACUCCCUGAUGGGCUUCGAGGACAGCAACGAGAUGGAUGGCAAGCUCCACUGGUCCAUCGGAUACUUUGAAAAGGCUCCUCUCCUCAAAAAGCUCGAGCGCGCCCCCACCACGGACGAAGCCAAGGCCGAACCCGCGCCGACCAAGACCGCUCCCGAAAUGGAGAUGCUUCCCAGCGACGCCGCUCCCAACCCCGCCAAGAAGGACCUUCCCCCUCCUCCGCCCAACGUCGAGAAGACCCGUCCCGACCCGCAAUGGCCCUCCGGUGUCCUUUCGGUCAUCGUGCACCAGAUCAACAACCUCGAGCGUCAGAACCUGGCCGGCGCUUCGGGCGAGCGCGAGGGCGAGGCGGGACAGGAUACCGACGAGCCCUCGGAGCAGUCGGACAAUUUGCCAUCGGGUUACGGGGAGAUCAUCGUUAAUGACGAGAUGGUGUACAAGACGCGCGUGAAGCAGUACACGACCAACCCAUACUACGAGGCCGGAACUGAGGUGUUUAUCCGAGACUUUACCAAUACGGUCGUGAGGGUCGUCAUCCGCGACUCACGCCUGCGCGAGGCGGACCCGGUACUCGGUAUCGUCUCUGUCAGGCUGUCCGAGGUGUUUGCAGAGUCGAGCAGCGUCACGCAGGUGUAUGCGAUCACCGAAGGAGUCGGUUUCGGCAAGGCCAACAUCUCCUUCGCCUUCCGCGGCAUCCAGACCACCCUCCCCAAGAACCUCCUCGGCUGGGAUACCGGUACCCUCGAAAUCUCCAACGUCUCUCUCCAGGUCGACAACACCUCCAAGCUCGACGCCAAGGCCGCUCGUAUCCGCGUCGUCACCGCCGAAUCGACCGAGCAGAUCCCCAAAAAGGAGGCUUCCGUCAAUGGCAACACGGUCGACUGGGAGAUGGACCAAUUCCGUAUGCCCGUCUACUCGCGAUACCGCUCUUCGGUCGUAUUCGAGAUUGGCAAGGGCGAUGGCGUACUGUCAACUUUGGGCGUCAAGAAGGUGCCCGAGGCGAUUGCGGUGCUUUGGCUCCAGGAUUUGACGGAUGAUAUUGAGCAAGAGGUGAAGUUGCCGGUAUUGGUCGGCGAAAACCUGGGGACGUUGAGGCAGAAUGCCAUCAAUGACUUUACGGCGGAGCAUCACGAGUUUGAGGUGGUCGGGUGGUUGACGGUGCGGAUGAAGUUGGACUCGGGACUUGAUGAGGACCACGAGGAACUCAACCUGGAGGGAUCACGCCGACACGCGCUCGAAGCGUACGAUCACAUUGAAGGAGAGGCCGAGACGGCGCGUAAGCAGGCGCAUUUCAAGGAUGAUGGUGUGAUUGACAAGGAUGAGCAAAAGGCGAUGGAUAAGGCCAAGAAGAGGCAGUUGGAGAGUCGGGGUAGAGGGAAGAGUCAGAUCAAGGCGUAUAGGCAGGCCAAGUGGAUGGUUAAGGGGGUGACGGAUAGGUUGCCGGGGCAGAAGAAGACGAGGGAGCCUUCCGUCCAGACUGAAGCUUGA